ACAUGCGCGAUCACAGUACAGGUGUAUAGAGUUGGUGUGUCGACACCCUCCCUUGGCAACAGGAGAGUUUAUCACCCACACACCAGCUUACCUAACCCCCAUGUUGAAGGAGGUCAGUCCCCGCUCAAUACAGGUACAAGUGCAGGAACACCUCUCGUCAACACUCAUACACUACAGCUACCAAUCAUGACUAGUCCUACGAGAUUCAACAUGCUGAUUAGAAUUGAUGUGCAAUGAUUAAGCAAAACCGUUACACUAUCAAAACUUAUACUAUCGAAAUCGAUUAUUAUAUGAUAUUGUUUUGGAAGAUGACGCCUAAACAAUGUAGCUUGAUAGAUUUUCGUACCUUACUUGUGAAAUAUGUUUUGUUUCUAUUUCACACUUAAAUCGCUAUAUGGCUGUAAUAAUGCCGAUGCGGCGUUAAAUUUUACUCACUUAAAGUUUACUGUUUUUAAUUAACAUACAACACCAGUUCUCCACAGGGAUGUAAUUGUGUGUACACCGGGUAAGUGACAUACAUAUUCAACGAGAGAGGUAUAUCAGAGAUUAUUAUAUGGUCUCUGGGUAUAUGUACAUAUAUGCUAUCAACUAGAGAAGAAUCACGCACGCGACCACCUCAAACCAUUGACUGCAGAGUCUUAUGGCGGAGUUGUAAAGUAUUUAGGCGAGUUGUGCAAACAGCCGAGCUCAGUCUGUGAGCGUAUACCACCACAACAACAGCACACGAUGAAAGUCAGCGGGAAGGUCGCCAUGGUUACGGGAGCCGCACAGGGUCUGGGGAAGGCGUUCGCUGCGUCACUGUUACAGAAUGGUGCAAAGGUUGUAAUUUCUGAUGUCAACUCGGAGACGGGAGAAGCGACGCUUAAAGAGUUCCAAGACAAGUAUGGUGAAGACAACGUGCUCUUCGUUAAGACGGACGUCACUUCACAGGCCGACAUGGAGGCGACGUUCCAGCAGGUGCGUGCAAGGUUCGGGGGGCUGGACAUCAUGUCCAACAACGCCGGCAUCAUGGGGGAGACCAGUGACCUCUGGGAGAAGGCCGUCGACGUCAACCUGAAAGGCGUAAUCCGGGGGACGAACCUGGCCUUGGACAUGAUGCGCCAGGACAAAGGGGGCCGGGGCGGAGUUAUCGUCAACACGGCGUCUAUAGCAGGUUUGAUGGUGGUGCCUACAGCUGCCGUGUACUGCGCCACUAAACAUGGGGUCAUCGGAUUCUCAAGGAGCUGGGCUGCCAGUCCUGUGUGUACAGACAAUGGAGUGCGUGUCAAUGCGUUGUGUCCUUCCUUUGUGGACACGGCCAUGGUGCCUCCUGAGAGUGAAGCCGGCGAGGAGUUGAAGACAUUUCUCGAUGAACACGGGCUAAUGUCCGUUGAGUACGUGGCCGAGGGCUUCAUGGACCUGGUGCAGGAUGACGCGAGGAAUGGCGCUGUGCUGAAAAUGGGCCAAAUAGUGGGGAAAGUUUACGUCGAAUAUUAGAAUGACGAACAACAACACUUAUUUAAACAGUUUAGAAAAUGUAUCAAACUUUUUGAUUUCCAAUAAAGAUUUAUUCUCAGA